UCCGACCGAGUCGUGCGCUGGUUGCAUCCAUCCUUUUCGCACAAGGCCGGCCGGCUGGCUUUCCUCUUAUUCUUUCAGCCUGUCCGUCGUCUAUCUGUCUGCAGGUUAUCUGCGUCGUCGUCUGUCAUCUCCUCCUCAUCUUCUUGCUCUGCUCUGCUUCUUUCCUCCAGAUACUGUUCCUCCUGCAGAAGCAGAAGCAGAAGGAGAAGGAGAAUUGAAAGCAAGAAAUUAAGUGAGAGGAGAAGAAGAGGAGGUAGGAUAUGGAGAAAUACGAGCCAGUUCGGGAGAUCGGGGCGGGCAACUUCGGGGUAGCGAAGCUGAUGCGGAACAAGGAGACGCGGGAGCUGGUGGCGAUGAAGUUCAUCGAGAGAGGGAACAGGAUCGACGAGAACGUGUUCCGGGAGAUCGUGAAUCAUCGUUCGCUGCGUCACCCGAACAUAAUAAGGUUCAAGGAGGUGGUGGUGACGGGGAGGCAUCUGGCGAUCGUGAUGGAGUACGCGGCGGGAGGGGAGCUGUUCGAGAGGAUAUGCGAGGCGGGGAGGUUCCACGAGGACGAGGCGCGCUACUUCUUCCAGCAGCUGGUGUGCGGGGUGAGCUACUGCCACGCCAUGCAGAUCUGCCACCGCGACCUCAAGCUGGAGAAUACGCUGCUGGACGGCAGCCCGGCCCCGCGCCUCAAGAUCUGCGACUUCGGCUACUCCAAGUCCUCCCUCCUCCACUCCCGCCCCAAAUCCACCGUCGGCACCCCCGCCUACAUCGCCCCCGAGGUCCUCUCCCGCCGCGAGUACGACGGCAAGCUCGCCGACGUCUGGUCCUGCGGCGUCACCCUCUACGUCAUGCUCGUCGGCGCUUACCCUUUCGAGGAUCCCAAGGACCCCAAGAACUUCAGAAAGACCAUCUCGCGCAUCAUGUCCGUCCAGUACAAGAUCCCCGAGUACGUCCACGUCUCCCAGCCCUGCCGCCACCUCCUCUCCCGCAUCUUCGUCGCCAACCCCUACAAGCGCAUCAGCAUGGGCGAGAUCAAGAGCCACCCCUGGUUCCUCAAGAACCUGCCGCGCGAGCUCAAGGAGGAGGCGCAGGCCGUCUACUACAACCGCCGGGGAGCCGAUCACGCGGCUUCCAGCGCAAGUAGUGCGGCUGCUGCAGCUGCCUUCUCGCCGCAGAGCGUGGAGGACAUCAUGAGGAUCGUGCAGGAGGCGCAGACCGUCCCCAAGCCCGACAAGCCCGUCUCUGGCUACGGCUGGGGCACCGACGACGACGACGACGACCAACAACCAGCUGAGGAGGAGGACGAAGAAGACGACUACGACAGGACGGUGCGCGAGGUUCACGCCAGCGUCGACCUCGACAUGUCAAACCUCCAAAUCUCCUGAUCCAUCGUCGUCCAUACUCCACUUCACUAGUGUUGUGUUCUUCUGACCAGCAUCGAUCAUUUCGUUUUGGAUCAACCCCAUCUGCACUGAUUGCAUGCAUUUUCUCAUUCAUACAUAGAUAGAUACUCGAUCGAUCAGUCCCCAAACAAACUUUGGGUACAUUAUUACAUCACCUGUUUAUAUGAGUAAGGCAGCAUUCAUUGAUGUAAAUCUCCCCUGCUACGAGUAGCCUGUUAUCAUCUCUCUGCUUAAUUGUGAUCAGAAUCAGAGACCACUAGAUGAUGGAUGUAACUGCAGGGUAUGUUCAGGCACAAUCACCAUUUUACUGUUACUUCAGAAGUGACAACUUUGAUUUCGGAAUUCAUAGUUA